GACUUUCCUCAGAUAUUGCUUUUUACUUUUGUUGUAGUUUCCAGCUCAAUCUAUUUGCUCUUCCUUUCUUUCACAUUUAUGUCUUUCCCCAUCUUUACUUAUAUAUAUCUUGGAGGUUCAAGCUGAGAAAAUCAAACAGAUUAGUUCUAUUUCAAGAUGCUACUGGUUAUUCUCAAUUUUGCACUGAAAUGCCUUUAUGUCCUUUCAUGGCCUUUCUUUUCUUUGGCGUAUCCUUUAUGUGCUUCCAUCCAAGCAAUUGAGAACAAUUCAAAUUCAGACACUCAGACGUUGGCUACAUAUUGGAUUGUCUUCUCUUUGAUUUCACUCUUUGAGAAUGCUUUCUUGAAGUUUCUUGAAAGGUUACUGUUCUGGCAACACAUUAAGCUAAUGAUCAUCUGCUGGCUGGUUGUACCUCACUUCGAUGGUGCUAUUUAUGUCUAUAAUCACUUUAUACAUCCAUGCCUCUCCAUGAACCCACCAAUUUUCGUUGAUGAAUUCAAUAAAUGGAAGGAAUUCUUAUUCAAGAGAGAUAACUUUCUAGCUCAGGCAGAGAGAUAUAUAAACAAUAAUGGACCUGAAGCUCUGGAGGAACUUAUUGCUGCCAAGAAAAAAAGUAAAAAGUUUAAUCACGGCAUGGAAGAGUUCAAAUCUAUUUCGGUUAUGGUCAGGAAACAAGUGGAGAGGUCAAAUAGCAGAGAGGCUAACAUUGUGCAUAAAGAUAAUAAAUCUAUGGAAGUAAUAGAGAAAAAGGAAGUACCUAGUGCCAAGGUAGUUCUAACAGGGCCUAAUCUAGAUCAAACUGAGAACAGAACAUCAGCCACUAAGGAGAUUAUAGAAACAGCAGCGGCAGCUGCAACUGCUAGAGAACUUCCCGAUAUACCCAUGCCUAAGGAAGUCCGAAAAAAGUGGACUUGUGAUAUAUGUCAGUUAACUGUUCUUUGUGAGAAAAACUUAAAUUUACACCUUCAAGGAAAGAAACACAAGGCUACUUAUGAGGCACUGAAAACAAAGAACCAGCCAAGUAUUGUCCGAGCUUCAACCACAAAGAAAACUGCUCGGCCAGUUGAGGAGCCACAAAAGACUGUAUAUAGGAAAGUAUGGAAACAAAAAACUAUUACAAAUAAUGAGGGUAAACAGCAUGGCCAGUCAAUGGGUGUCUCAGCUUCAACUGCUAAUAAAUCUGAUCAGCCCACAAAAGAGGAGCAUGAAAAAAGAGUUUCAAUGUCAAACAGUGGACUUGAACCUAUGAAUGAAGCUGUUAGUGAGGAAAAUUAUACUUUUAGGUGCAAUAUCUGUAAUACAAAAUGCAAUGGAGAGAAUGACUUGGCUGCUCACUAUAAUGGAAGGAAACACAAGGCUCGAAUUCAAUUACACAAUAUAUUUGUUGGGAUUGGACAGGUCUGACCAAUAUUUGUGGUGCAUAUCACGGACAGAGGAACCUGUUGUGCUUGUUGCGGCAAAAAUGAAUAUGAAGAUGAAGAUGUUUGGCUGAAAAUUACGGAGUUUGUUUUACUCUUGAAUUUCAGCUGAUUGCAUUCACUGAAGUUGAUAAA